AUGCCAACUCGGUUACAUCCAAAGCUAUCGGCAAGGUAUUAUGGGCCCUUUGAGGUGUUACAGCAGAUCGGAAAAGUCGUUUUUCGUUUGCAAUUACUUGAGGUAGCCAGAAUUCAUCCAAUAUUCCACGUGUCCCAACUGAAGAAAGCUGUGGGGGAGAAGAGAGUUGAAAAGGAACUUCCAGCUGAGUUACAAGCAGAUGGACCCAUGUUUAGGCCAGUGAAGGUGCUGGACAAAAGGACUCGACAGCUGGGAACAAAAGAAAUACCUCAGAUUAAGCCUAGAGAUAUUGAAGAUGCUAUCAAUCAGGCACUAGAUGAUUGGCCAUACUCAACAUUCUUCUUUUUGGUUUGUUGCAAACAGAGAGUUCUUGAAUCAGUUAAUCUUCUUCCAUCAAAGAAAACAGUUAUCAAUAUACUCCAAGGUGUUAGUGGAAUUGUCAAGCCUGCAAGAUUGACCUUGCUUUUGGGGCCCCCAAGAUCAGGAAAAACUACACUGUUGCAAGCACUUGCUGGGAAACUGGACAGGGAUUUAAGGGUUUCCGGAAGAGUCACUUACUGUGGUCAUGAGUUAUCAGAAUUUGUUCCUCAAAGAACAUGUGCUUAUAUUAGUCAGCAUAAUGUUCAUCAUGGAGAGAUGACAGUAAGAGAAACGCUGGAUUUUUCUGGACGCUGCUUGGGAGUUGGAACACGGCAUGAGCUACUACUAGAAUUGAUAAAGCGAGAAAAACAGGCCGGAUUUAAACCAGAUCCAGAGAUAGAUGCCUUCAUGAAAGCCACAGCAGUGGAAGGUCAAGAAACAAGUCUCAUUACAGAUUAUGUUCUCAAGGUUCUUGGAUUGGAAAUAUGUGUUGAUACUUUGGUGGGAGAUGAGAUGAGGAGGGGAAUAUCUGGUGGAGAGAAAAAGAGGUUAACUACUGGUAUGGGAAAAAAUUAUAAGAAAAUUUUAUCUUACUCAAGAGAAGAUGAUAGUCUACUAGUAUGGGAAAUUGGACCUUUCUAAUUGAAAUUCUGCUUGUGCACAGAAUGGAAUAAACUUUUCCUUUCAAACUUUUCUUUUCCACCUUUGUAAUCUUGUAAUUAUAUAUUAUACAUUAUAUAUUAUGAAUAUAUUUGGCAAUUUGACAUUGUAUGUGGCAAUUUAGAAGUUAUGAUUGAUUCUUAUCAAAAU